AUGUUUGGCCUCGGUAGAAGAUCAGCGCUUGCUCGCUCAAAAUCCUUGCCUGUGCUGCCCACGCGAGCCGCAGUCGCAGCCCAGCCAUCCUUCAUCAACACUCAGGACUUUCACUCCACGCCGUCUCAGGCAGGGUCCCGGCCAACAUGGAUGCCCAUGCGUGUCAAGACGCCAUGGAUCGAUGCACUGACACAGAGUCGCGAGAAGGCUGCUGGACCGGAAGAGAAUGCUGGGCAGAGCAUUAAGCCUGACGUCUCGCCGAAGAAGAUGUCGGACAGCUAUUACAGUGCUAUUUUGCCUUUGGCCCAAGACAAAUGGCUUUUGGAUUCUUAUCUCAACGCCUCCGGGCAUAUCAGAUUGGGUUCACUUUUGAUGGACCUCGAUGCCCUAGCUGGCAUCGUUGCCUACCGCCACACAGGUGACGGUGUAUCCACCGUCACUGCGGCGUGUGACCGGAUCACCAUCGAGAACCCGCUAAUGGAAAUUUGCGACCUUGAGCUCAGCGGCCAAUGUACCUACGCGACUGGUCGAUCAAGCAUGGAAAUCUCCCUCCAGGUUACCAAGGCCCGUCCGGAAGGACAUGAGCCGAAGCCUGAAGAUGUCCUGAUCACUUGUGCUUUUACAAUGGUCUCACUGGACCCGGUUACCAAGAAGCCCGUUCCAGUGGCUCCUCUCCUCGUUGAAACCGAGGAGGAGAAGCGCCUUUUCCAAAAGGGUGAAGCGAAUUACCAGGCCAAGAAGGCUCAUCGCACACGCAGUCUCUUGGAGAAAUCACCAGACGAGGAAGAGAGCAACCUGAUCCACUCUAUGUGGACGAAGGAGAUGUCCUACCUGAAGCCCCAAGGCGCAACUAAGCGCCCCCCGAAUCAUGUUUUCAUGAGCGACACAGUCCUCAAAUCCGCCAUGAUUAUGCAACCGCAAUACCGCAACCGACACAACUUCAUGAUUUUCGGUGGCUUCCUGCUAAAACAGACUUUCGAGCUGGCCUUCUGCUGCGCUGCCUCCUUUGCACACGCUCGACCAAACUUCGUCGCCCUCGAUCCCAGCACAUUCGAGAACCCAGUACCCGUAGGCAGCGUGCUGUACCUGCGCGCGACGGUUUCGUACACGGAGCCCGAGGAGCGCGAGGGUGAUAGUACCAAGUACACCAAGGUACAGGUGCGUGUUGACUCCAAGGUGCGGGAUGUCGAGCACGGCACGAAGAAGUCCACGGGUAUGUUUAACUAUACGUUCCUUGUUGAAAAGGAUGUGCAUGUUAUGCCUAAGGAAUACGGUGAGUUUAUGCUUUGGGUUGAUGCCCGUCGGAGGGCACAGAAUGCUGCUGCUAUUGAUCCGGCGCAUAAGAUGAGUGCGCUGCGGAGUAUUAAGGACAGCGUUACUGAGUAG